AUGCAGACAAAACAUCUCGGUAUCCUGUUCAUCAUACCUGCGAUCCUCGCUAAAGUGGAUAUCAACAUCGUCGCUUCUGAUAACGAAGCAGAACGCGCAGCAGAAGUAGCUGGAAACAUAGUGGACAUCAUCAGCGACGAAGAACGAUCAUCAUUCGGAAUCAGUGAUAACAGUCUCAAAAAUGCCGUGGGAACCUACUUUGGAAAACGGCCUGAUGACGCCUUCGUAAGAAGCCCCACACCCUGGGGUGACCUCUACAAAAGCUACAACUGGGACCAAGUCACAAGAAUCCUCACUCCAGUACGAGCGACCAUCCUCAACGUUACCUCUCAACCUACCAUCGUGAUGAACCAAGUCUUCCACAACAACAGCACCAGAACUGCUACAUUCAAAGCCCAAAUUCAGCAGAAAGUCCAGAAUACCAUUACGUCCAAGUGGGAGAAGGGUGGUGAUUUAACAGUAGGCCAGUCCAUCGAGUAUGGAAUCAAGGUAGAAGCAGUUUCAGUGUCAGGAAAGACUUCUAUGUCUUACAGUUCCCAAUGGGGAAAAUCGGUAUCCAAAGCUGAGGCUGUGAGUGUAGGUUCAGAGUCGGGAGUACAAAUAACUUUAGAACCUAAUCAAGAAGUGAUCGCUGAGCUCUAUGCCACUCGAGGUACUAUGCAAAUAAAGGUGGACUACGAAGCCACUCUUUCUGGAGACACGGCUAUUAAUUAUGGGAGGACGUAUAAGGGUCAUCAUUUCUGGGCACUGGGCAUCAAUGAUGUAAUGAGGGCUGCGGAUAUCAGCACAUCAAUAUCAUCAUCAGAAAUUAUAAGUGUUGGAUACUACACCAGAUCGAAUGUCGUAAUCAGGGAUGGAGGCGUAAUUUUAAAGUCCAUUGAUGUUUAA